UUUCUUCAUUGCUAAGAAAAAUAGAAAGAAGACAAAAGCAAAAGAGCCAAGUUAUGCAGCCAGUAACCAUGGCGGUUCUCAUCGCUGUCGUCAUCCUUUUCGAGCUUCCUUGCUUCUCCACCCGGACCAACUCUUCCUCCCUCUCCGCUAUUCACAGAAACCCUGUUUCGCUCUCGGUGGCGGAAACUACGGGCAACACCGAUGAACACCUGACAUCUAACUUCGUUAACAUGCACGUUUUCGAAGACGUUUAUACCAUUGGAUUGUACUAUGUACAGAUCAAAAUCGGUGACUCAUCGAAGCCCUAUAACCUCCACAUCGACACUGGGAGUGAUCUCACGUGGCUCCCAAAGGAGCUCUAUCAUCCGCAUGACUUGCAGAACAUCCAGUAUGUACGAUGCGAUGAACCCCGUUGCAUUGAUGUACCCAGAGGUAAGUGCAAGAAGAACACAGAUCCAUGUGACUAUAAGAUCCGUUACCAAGAUGAAGCCUCCUCUGAAGGCCGCAUCGUGAACGACUCAUUCACACUCCAUUUAGAAGAUGGCUCGUCGAUCAGCCCUACCCUUGCCAUCGGUCGCAGCACCUACUACUCAUCAAAAGAGCUCAAUGGUCAGUCAAUAACUGAAGGCAUGCUUGGGCUUGGCAAAGGUAGAAUAAGCAUAAUCUCGCAGCUGCACGAACAAGGCAAUUUCGCAAACAUCUUUGGUCAUUGCCUAAGUAGAAAUUUGGAAGACUACGGGUUUAUGUUCAUUGGGGAAGAUUUCGAUUAUCCCAGAUGCCUCACUUGGAUACCUAUGUCCAGCGAUGUUUCUAACUACUCACUGAUGGCUGAAGUAGUAUAUGGUGAUCAUGAGCAGUCAUUGUUGGGGGGGAAUCAAGUUUUCGUUCUUGAUAGUGGAGCCACUGACACGUACUUCGUAGAUCUGUUGUACAAGAAGCUUUUAACCAAGAUUGCAUAGAUGCCGCUGCAGAAAGUACCCAGAAAUGACAAGCACCCUUACUGCUGGGAGGACACGAGACGCUUCAGGUUCAUCACUGAUCUCAGGAACCAUUUCAGUAGCUUAUAUCUCAAAUCAGGAAAUGGACAAGAUCUGGAGAUCCCACCGGAGAACUACUUAACCAUUACGGAAGAUGGCGAUGCUUGCUUGGCCAUCUUGAAUGGCUCUGCUCAUGGUCUGAACAACUUCAACCUUAUUGGAGCUACAUCAAUGCAAAAUGUGAUGGUUGUUUACAACAAUGAGCAGCAGAAAAUUGGAUGGGCUCCUGUUACUGGCUGCACUCAACCUCUGAACUGCCCAACAUAUACGGAGCAUAUAGGAACUCUUCGCAAUUACGGGAAUUUCGAUAAUAAAAAAUUUCAUAACCAUCUUCUUCUUCUUGUUCUUCUUCUGUUGGAGACAAUCAAUGAAAUUCUUUUGGUUUAAAUGAAUUUCAUAAUGAUAUUAUCGAUUUACAUAAACAUAAUUAUCACUUUGAAUUGUUAAAUUAUAAAUCUUUAUUAAGAAUUGAUAUAUCCUCAAAAAAUCAUCUUGAUCGGGCACGUUCUCAAGGCAAAAUCAAGCGGGAAACUUCAAAAAUUAAAUCUGGGAUCACCUGAACUUCGAUUUCAGCAAACUAUCAGUCAAAUUGAGCGUCUUGGAAAUACGAACCCAACGACACCAAAUUCGACUCAAUCCGAGCCCAAAUGAAUCCAGAUCAAGCACCCGAAGUGUUGUGGGAAAGUUUGAACCAUAAUUUGAGUUAUUAAACGGUUUCCAAACAUGAUGUGCUUAUUGUCAAAUCGAGCAGCUCAAUGAGACAAAUCCAACGAGCCCAAGA